ACAUCUCCUGUUCACCUUUAACUGUCCGCAACUGCCCAACAGGCAGUGUGUGCGCCCAACUGACACCUUGUAGAAACAGAGAGGAUGCAUUAGACUAUUAUUUUGCUGAUCUUUUCUAUACAUUUUUGUGAUUAUUUUAAGUUCAAGUGGAUUUUUCAGUAUUUCAAAGGCCCUUUGGGUUACGGUGGCAUUGCUGUGCUCAAGGUUGUCCUGUGUACAAUGGGGGUCAAAGCAGCUCUUCCGAGGUACGAGCUCUACAUGUAUAAUGUGGUGCUGUGUAUGGCAAUGCUCUGGGCUGCCAGAUGGAUAUUUGACGUGUCCAGCUCAAAUUCCAACAAAAAAACCUUCAAGACCAGUGUUCAGCCAGGAUGGUACUACUCUGGCAGAAAGAUGGAUACAGCUGACGUUGAGUGGAUGAUGUGGUUCUCCACCUUCAGAGUGCAUAUCAUCUUUGCACUCUCAGGUCAUGUGAUCUUUGCCAAGAUCUGCUCCUUGCUGGCUCCGCAGUACAGAUCUCUGGUGUUCAUGGUGUACGGUAUGCUGGCAGUUUUCAGCAGUAUGGGCUGGGCUUACGUCAUGCUCAUCCUGUCUCACUGUGUGCUGCUCUAUAGCAUCUCUCUGGUCAAGCUCAGAUGGCUCUGCUUCGUUGCUGGACUCACUACAUUGGCUACUUUCAAAAUGGAGCCCUUCAUUUCCUGGCAGGCAUGUUUUGUGACUGGCAAUUUUGAUCUCCGUCCUCUUCUGUUCUACGGCGGCUGUGGUUUCACCGUCAUGCGCUGUAUGAGUUUUGCUCUUGAGAACUGUGAGAGAAAAGAUGGAAACUACAGCAUCCUGGAGCUUCUCAAGUACAACUUUUACCUCCCCUUCUUUUACUUCGGACCCAUCAUGACCUUCGACAAGUUCUACAUUCAGGCCAAUAACCCUGACCUGACAAGGAAGGACGGGGAGAUGUGGAACAUUUCCAUCCAGGCCCUGCUACACCUGGGGGUUAUUAUGAUAGUGGCAGUCCUCUUUCACUUCAUGUACAUUCUGACCAUUCCUAAUGACAUGAAGCUCCUUAAACACAUCUCUGACUGGGCCCUCGUUGGAUUGGCCUACUUAAAUCUGGUGUAUGAUUGGGUGAAAGCGGCAGUGAUGUUUGGAGUGAUAAACACAGUAUCAAGACUGGAUUACCUGGACCCUCCCAAACCCCCGAAAUGCAUUACAAUGCUUUAUGUUUUCUCUGAGACACACUUUGAUCGAGGAAUAAACGAAUUUCUAUGCAAGUAUGUUUAUAACUAUCUAGGCGGAAAACAUGAGAACGUUUUGGAUGAGCUGAUAGCCUCUCUGUGCACGUUUGGCAUCACGGCCCUCUGGCUGGGACCAAGCUGGGUGGUUUUCAUCUGGUCUUUCUUAAACUGCUUUGGCCUUAAUUUUGAAUUGUGGACCACACAACUCUUCUCCAUGGAACCUUUUAUUUCAAUUGAGAUGGCGAUAUCAGAUUCUAUGUCGCGCAGGAUCAGGGCUGUGUUUAAUACCUUCAACUUCUGGACAAUCGUCCUUUACAAUGUCCUGGCCCUGAACAGUCUUGAAUUUGCCAAACUGGUUGCAAAUAGAUUGUUACUUAAAGGUUUCCCCUUCACCACCAUUACUGUGAUGUUCGUCACCUACUGCUUGAUUCAGCUGAUCAAGGAAAAGGAAAGAAGACAGGCUUUGAUUGACGAUCCAGACCCAAUCCCAAUCCCAAUCCCCAUCCCCCCUCCAGCCCCUGUUCCUGCACCCACUUCCACAGACCCCAGCACCACCCAGAUGGACGCUGCUGCCACCCAGCCUGUGGACCCGAACAAGCAAAAGGCAGAGUAGAGAUUACACAUGAUGGUUACAUUU